AGCAGCCAGACUGUGUCAGUGUUUGUCAAGAGAACAGAGCAACAUGGCUUCAUCCUUUCUGAGCUUCUCCCUCCUCUUCAUCACUGUCUACACAGCAGAUGGAUUUUUGGAAGCCACAGUGCUCCGCUGUGAGUUUAACUCCACUGAGCUGAAGGACAUCCGGUACAUCCAGUCUCUGUAUUUUAAUAAAGUGGAGUACGCCAGGUUUGACAGCAGUCUGGGGAAGUAUGUUGGAUACACUGAGUCUGGUAUGAGGUGGGCAGACUACUGGAACAACGAUGCUGCACAGCUGGCUAGAGUGAAUGCUGACAGGGCAGCGUACUGCCAAUACACCACUGGGAUUUUCUACCAGCGUAUUCUGUCUAAGUCAGUUGAGCCUUACGUCUGGCUGCACUCUGAGGGUUCCUCUACUGGUAACCAUCCCUCCAUGUUGGUCUGCAGCGUCUACGACUUCUUCCCCAAACAGAUCAGAGUCACAUGGCUCAGAGACGGACAGGAAGUCACCUCUGAUGUCACUUCCACCGAUGAGAUGGCAGAUUCUGAUUGGUACUACCAGAUCCACUCCCACCUGGAGUACACGCCCAGGUCUGGAGAGAAGAUCUCCUGCAUGGUGGAACACGCCAGCCUGCAAGAACCUCUGGUUACUGACUGGGAUCCGUCCCUGCCUGAGUCAGAGAGAAACAAGAUCGCCAUCGGAGCGUCAGGACUGAUCCUGGGUCUGAUCUUAUCUCUGGCUGGAUUCAUCUACUACAAGAGGAAGUCCCAAGGACGGAUUCUGGUCCCCUCUAACUGAUCUUGGUCCCGGUCCCAGUCCCAGUCCCAGUCCCAGUCCUGAUCCUGAUCCUGAUCCUGGUCCUGGUCCUGGUUCUGGUUCUGGUCCUGCCACCUGCUGGAGCGACUCAGCAGCUGCUCUGAUCCUCACAAUGUUUUAUAUCCACCAACUGACCCGUUAACUCUGUACUUCAGUGAUCUGAUUGAUUUGUGUGUGAUUGGUUGAUUAAUAGAAGUUUUUAAACACGAUAAACCUUCAGAAAACCUUCAGAAAACCUUCAGAAAACCUCCUCAGCUGAUCCAACCUAUUAACAAACUAUUGUAACCCUGAUCCUGACUUUAAUCCUGACCUUAACCUUUUUGAUGAAGAAGCUUGAUUUAAAUCCUUUAUUCUGAGAGACAAGAAAACACAAAAACAACUUAGUAUCUAUUCUUUAAUGGUUAGUAUGGGAAUGGAUGUGUGCUGGCCAGUGCAUUGCCUUCAACUCCCCUGUUUAACAUUCACUACCUAACCCGAACCCUAACUCUGAUCUUAACCCUAAUAUGGAUCAAUGGACAAGGAAUCACUUCCAGGCUCUAUCCCCUAAUCAAUGAGUUAUCUUAACUCUAACCAUUCAAGUUUAAUGCCUCAACCCAACCAUUUUCAUCUUAGAGACACACUUACCCUAAUUUGGAUCAAUAACCGCAACCUUAUCUUCUUUUCUACUCGUCUUGCUCACUCCUCCAGAUAGAGGAGGGAGCAGGGAAGCAGAGCUACGCUGGCGGGGAGGUUGAAUAGCUGCAGACAGAGCAUCCCUCUCCAUCUCUGCUCCUUAAAACUCAUACAUACAAUCCAUUCAUCAGAGUGGAAAUGGCCAGGAAGACCUUGAGUGACAUGCACUACGUUAGAUCUCUAUCCAACUGUGAGGUCUUCAGGCUUCAACUUCCCUUAACCCCAACACAUGAUACAUGAACAGAUUAAUGAAGUUGUUCAGUUUAAUCUCAGUUUAUUUGUUAAAAUGGUGCCUUGAUGUUUAAACAUCAACAUAAUCUCAGUCCAAACAGGAGCGGUUUACUGAAACUACAGGUGUGUCAUGUUGCCAUGGCUACAGUACAGUUGAACUAUUAAUUAACAAACAUGAACAAAUGUUUUUUAAUAAAUCAUGAUGGUUACAUAGA